AUGUCUGGAAAGCGUACUGUAUACGGGAGUCAUUCAACAUGGAAUCCGAUGACCAGUAUAGAAGAAUACUGUAUUGUUAAUGAUAAACGUAUCCAAGAUUAUGAGAACAUCUUUAUGGCAGCUUAUGUCAUUGGACUGGAAAGUCAACUGGACAGAAUAUCUGCUUCUACUGCUUCUCCUACUUCAAUUGAAUAUGAUACACAAAGAGCCAAUAGAAAACAAAAAGAUGAAGAGACACUUGUUCAACAAUUCCAUGCAUAUAUUCAUGAACAAUCAAUAAAUGAUACGGAUCAUCAUUUGGCAAUACAAAAUAUUCUUGAAAAGAUUAUCCUAUUCAAUAAUGGACAAAAAUCUUACCCGCGUGGAAUAUGUCAUAUUACAAAGAAAUUGAAUGAUGGGGAUCAAUUUGAAGGAUCACAAAUAUCAACAUCAUCAUCAUCAUGGUCGUCGUCAGUAUCACAAUUAGAGAGGAUAAGUGAUUUACAGUCAACAAAUAAGAAAGCUGUAGUGUCAGGAGGUAUCCAAGGAAAGUCAGUAAAGUCAACAGAUCAACUGGUGGAUUCUUUCAGUAAACUCACCUUGAAUGAGUAUAAUCAAAGAUGUGCCAUGCUCGAUGGUAUGAUGAAAUCAUUGAAGGAUACUUUUACACAACAGCGAAACACCUAUCAAAAAUAUAAAGACAGACUUGACAAUGAAGAUGUGUCGAGUGAAAAUAUAACACAAUUGGAUUCGAAAAAGCCUUUUCCAAAUGGAUUAAGAGAAAUUUUGGGCUACAAAAGAUACUUCCAGAUUAUUGAGAAAUCGAAUCUCCUGAGUGUUUACAAUCAAAUGUAUGUUAGUCGACGUUUAGCUAAGAGUACAUUGAAGAGUUAUAUACAAUUACAAAAAGAAAAAAUUAAACUUCAGUUGAACUGGAAACAUUCAGCUUUCAGUGGAACACGGAUAUAUCGUCAUAAUUUAUGGAAAUAUAAUAUCCCUGAGAUAAUGAAGAGUAUUCAACUUGACAAAAAUGACCUUGAAUAUGCUUUCAAAAAGCUUAAUAAACAUUUGGAAGUGGAUUUUAUGAAUGUUAAGGUGACAGAAAUUGUAGAAGCUGUUUCUCACUGGUGUAUUGAUAUCAAUCUAUUCAUUGUCCUGGCAUCACUGGCUGAACGUUAUAAUGGCCUAGAAUCACUGGUAAGAAAUAAUAUAUAUAAAGUUGGUGCACAGUCAUUACGCGCAAAGAUUAAGAAAGCGAGAGAAUUGUUUGCACUAAUUGGCGGGUUCGACAGUAGACAACACUGUAAACAACCCAGUAACAACCGAUCGAUAUUCCAAUCAUCAACCAAUCAAACUCAAUCUCAUCCUACUACUACUACUGAUACAUUUAUUAGUAGUAAAAAGACAAAAGGUAAAAAUAACAGCGCAGAAAGAAAAUUGACCCCAUUUGAUGAAUAUAUUCAAGUUGACGAUAUGAAAUUAUUUUUCUACGCUGGUAAUAUACGUCAAAGUCAUGUGGAAAGGUUAAUUCAAUACUUAGAUUAUCAGAAUACCGGUAAAAUUGAUUUUAUCACAUUUUUAGAAUAUCUACCUUUAUUCGUUGAAUGUCAUAAACAAAUUCUGUGUAAACCGCUUACAACUUCAGAAAUAUUUAUUUCGUGA